UAUUAGGACACGAACCGUUUGCAUGGGAAAUGUUCAAGGUGACACACAAGAAAAAAGACGGGUCAAUGGUUGAUUCCACAUCAAAAGAAAUAGUGGACAAAAUUCAAUCUUUAGUAACCCAAAGAGCUGAGGAAGAACCUUCUCAAGCUAUUGAUGAAAAUGAAAUUUUUUCUGAAGUAAUGGGAAGAGAAAGACAUGGACGUGUUCGUGGGUAUGGAUUCGGACCAACUCCUUCUUCUGUCCUUGGAAAGAUUCCAUCUCGUCAUGAGCUUGUUACAGAACUAGAACAAAUGCGACAACAUAAUAAUGGUUUGAAAAAUGAAAUGCAACUUUUGAAAGAGAAAAAUGAAGCGUUGUCGACAGAAUUGGACCAAGUCAAAGAAAGGCAAUCAAUUUUUGAAGCUUUUAUGGAAGAUGUUAGGGCAGGAAGGAUUAGAAAUAACAAUUGACUAGACUUAAUUGUUUGAUGUCUUUUUUUGAUGACAAUGUGAUUGUAAAUUGCUAGAUAUCUUUUUUUGAUGACAAUGUAAAUGUAAAGUGCU